AUGAGUCAGCUGAAACUAAUAAGCGAAAGGUUCAGUAACAUUUCCCAAUAUGAUCAAAAUACUGUUCAAAACCUACCAACUUCAGUUAGUACAGAUGCUUUUGAAUCAGAAUACCAGCUGAUCUUACCACCACUUAGUGGAGAUAAAUGCAUAACCUCUUACAAGUAUGAUUCACCCAAUAUUCUUCAGCGAUUGACAACUCGUCGUAUAGAAAAACAUAAGAAUCGAUUGGAAAAUUGGUGUGAAAAACUUUCUGAGAUAAAUGAAGAUGCUGAAAACCAAGUGAUAAUUUGCUGUAAAACUACUGCUGAUUUGUUAGAUGCAAGCUGGGAGAGACAAAAGCGCCUGCUGAAUAGAAAUUUAGCAAAUGAUCAACUACUGGAAUCAGAAAUAUCAGAUUUGGAAUCAAUAUGGAAUCAAAUUGAUAAGGAAUAUGCGGAGAGAAGAAAUGCAAUUAGCAAUUUGGAGAAUCAACUGUUAACGCAUGAGAGGAAACGUGUUGACAAGAUUAAAGAAGAAUUUCAUCUACUGAUAGAUUAUCUAAGCAAAUAUUCACAUUUGCCACCGAAUGAAUUACAAUUGUUCUUACAAAAGGAGAUAUUUUGCAUAGAUAUAGAUCUAUUAGAAAAUCGUCGUGAAUUAGCAAAUUUAACUAGAAAUCUUCAUCUUGCUGAACUUAUCAAUCAUCGUUUCACUAAUCUUGCCUGGUCUAAUUACCGAAAUCACUGGCAGAAAAUAAAUAUUGACGAGGCUGUGCGCAGUUUUAAGGUUUGCAUCAAUGAUGUAACAUUUCGUCAUCCAACAGAAGUGAAAACAGAAAUAGACAACUUGUCGAAGAAAUACACAGAAUACGAAAAUGACAAGGAACAUCUAAUAAAUGAAUUCUGUGAGAAUGUGGUCCCAACAAAUGCUAUAGAAGAAUUCUUGGAGAAAUGGAACUGUAAAGCUAAACAAUUAUUUACAGAUUGGGAUGAAACUAAUCAACGCUGUUUGAAUUCAAUAUAUAAAGCUUAUGAGAAUAAUUCACAACGAUGGAUUGAUCAAAUCCAGCAAAUGAAAGACAGAUUACUUCAGCGUAAACUUGUCAACUCAUCUGAAGAAAUUGAAAAUUUAAUUAAAGUCGAUUGCAUUCCACUUUUGGGUGAACUACAAAGUCAAUUUGAAAGUAACUUAAACUAUCUUGAUCAAUGCUUUGUUUGGUGUGUAUAUAUUUGGCCUAAUGGAUUAAUUCAACCAUUAUUACGAUAUGGUCAAAUGGUUAAUAAAUUAUGGAAACAAUUUGCACAAGAACCAAUAAAUACUGUUGAAAAAGAUUUGAAUAACAACUUAUAUUCAAUUCAACAAAUAAUAUUUGAAGAAAUUAAAAAAAAGGAUGAAAUAAUUAAUUCAUCUAUUGAUGCAUUACGUCAAUGUUCAAAUGAACAAGCUAUCAAUGAAAGACUAGAAGAGACAUUGAAUUUAUUCAAUGACAUGAAAGCUCUUUAUCAAACAUUGAAUGAGAGGCAAGCGCGAAUCAUAGAUGCUUAUACAAAACAAGUGAUGAAUAUUACAGAUUUGUGUGAAAUUGCUGUUUGUCGAUUUUUUGGAGUGGCUCGUUGUACAAAACAACAAUCCUUAAGUCUUGAAAAGCGAAUUAAACAAAAAUCACCAGUUAGUGGAUAUCUAACACUUGGAUAUGAACAAUUUAUUUGUAUAACACAAUCUGAAUCACCUGAAUACACUGGUGAUGAAAUUCAAAAUAAACUACUUACUACUGAUAAAAUAAAUAACACUGAUCAUAUAUUCUAUCAUAUUAAACAUCGAGAUAUUGCAGUAGAAGAUCUGGUUAAAAAUUUACAAUCUGAUUUCAAAUUAGACAAUCAAAUGAAUGAAUUCUUCAUAUAUCUAUCAAAAAAUCUUCAAUACAGUGGAAUAAUUGGAAAUGAAAUUAAUUCAAAUCUACUGAAUAAUAAUUCACCGGUUAAAUUACAAUCUGAUAAAUCGUUUAUAGAAAAACAAUUCAAUGAUCCUAUUCAACAAGUUAUUGUUAAUGGAAAUGAACUAAUACUUGUCAAUAAGUAUAUCAUUGAUUAUGUUAAACCAAUAAAAAGUGAAAAAUGUUUGAAAAUUAUAAAAGAUGUUAAAACAAGAGUUCGUGUAAAAAUAUUAGAAUACUUAGAACAAUGGAAGAAUACAGUAACAUUGAGCGCAAAGGAAGAAUCAAUAGUGAAAAGAAGUGAAAAUGAUAAUGAAUAUCUUAUGCAAAUCAAACUUCAUGAAUCCCGUAUUCGUCGUGUCAAAGAAGAUGUUGCCAAUGUAAGACAAGCUGAGUUAGUUUUGCACCAAACACGCAUUGAAAGGCAUACAACAGCUGUCAAUAUAAUAUUAAAUGAAAUGAAAAUAAAUGCUACAAAAGUUUUAAUUGAAACUUUGAAUAAAUCAGAAGAAAGAAUGAAUGAAGAAAUUCAGAAUGCAAUCGACAAGGUCAUAGCAAAAGCUACAAAGUCAUCCACACUUUUAUCAUUAAGGAAACAAGUGGAAAAUUAUGCUGCAAUACAUAAUGAACGUGUUCGUCAGGCAUUGAAGACAUUUCGUCAAGAAUUAAGUAAUCAAGUACAAACUGUGAACAAUUCAAAUUUAAAAUUAAUUGAAUCUUUAAAACUUUUUACUGAUGGAGGAAAUUUUACAUUAUCUGAAGCAAAAAGAUAUUCAUUCAAUUUAAAUGAAUUAAGUAAAAAUGUUAAAUUAUUUGAAGAAGAAACUCUUGGCAGUAUUGAAUCAAUUGAACGUGAACGACAACUAACAAUUGAAAAUCGACUAAAACAAUUUGAAUCCUUAUUGAAACCAUAUAUGGCAGAUGUUAUCUACUUAGAAAAUAUGAUACGUUGUGUAACAAAUGCACAAGCUCAAAUUAAAGCUCAAAUUGAAGAUAGUUCAAGUCAAAUGAAAGUUUUAUCAAGUCAAAUUGAAGAGUUUUCAAAUUUACUGAAAUUAAUAGCUGAAACUAAUCAUCAUAUAUCAGAUACAUUGAUACAUUUAUCAGUAUUCAAUAAAACAAAUCAAAAUAUGAAACAUAUUGAAAUGAAUGAUAAUAAACAAUUAAAUGGUAAAGAAAAAGUGAUACAGAAAGAAUUGAUUAAUAAAACUGUAAGAUUACUGACUACUGUAUGUACAAAUGCUUCAGAUCGUUGUGUAUUUCUCAAUUGUCUACGUAGUCAAGUUAUAUCUACCAAAUUGGACAUAUCAGAUGAGAAAAAAGACAUGAAUAAACAACAUUCGACUAUGAAUAAUACUUCUAUGAAAAAAGAAGCCAGUUCAAAUGAGGCUACAAUCAAAAUGAAAUCUCACUCUGCAUCAAAUAACCAAACUGUGAUAAACUCAGUCAUGAGUGAACACACAAAAGGAACAGAAAAUCAAUCUCUUCUUGCCAACGUGAACUCCUCCAAUGUAAUGCAAAUAAGUCGACCUGGAAGACUAUAUACUGAAGAUGCAUGUACACAACUUGUCCAAAGUAUGUGGAAUGAAUGUGUACCACCUGGUGAAAAAUUAAAAAUCUCAGGAGAGACACUAUCAAACCAGUUGGCUGACAUUACUACUUCAAAAGGAAAUGAUGGUAAAUCACGUAGUCAAGAUGAAGUUUCCAAUCUAAAUAAACUAUCAUUGGAUGAUAACUAUAAUCCGAGUUCAGUAAAUGUGAAUACACCUACAAAAAGUCAUCACCGAGAUAACAAUAGUUCAACAACAGCUCUAGGUAUUCAGAAGACAAGUAGACGGAAGAAAAAUGCAUCUCAUCAAGUUCCUAACAAAACUGGAAUAAAACAUAAUCGUCCUCAAGUAUACUACGAUGCUUUCGGAAAAGAUCCCCAAUCCAUGGUUGAUUCAGUUGAAGUGGGUGAUUCGGGUGUGAAACAUUCAAAUAUCGAACAAGUUACAUUUAUUGGUCGUAUACAAAAGAUCUGUCGAGAAAGCCUUCACAAUGCAUUGCACUUAUCAGAGAAUUAUUACAAACAAAAGGGAAUUAGACAACCGACACGACCUGAGGUUAUAAAAGCAACAUUUGAUGAUGCUGCUAGUACCUUAGUAAAGAGUUUAAAAACAGACUUUGAAAAAGCAGAAACAUACAGAAAUUUAUGUAUAAAAGAAUUUUCUCAACAAUUGGAUAAAAUUGAAAAUUUGGCAAGUCAACUACCAAAUUUACUAUUUCAAGAUAUGGUUAAUGAAUUAAAAUAUUAUAUGCUAAAUGAAAUAAUCGCUUGUGAUAAUCAAGUACAAUCAGAAAUGAAUCAGUUAACUGAAUUAUAUGUUACAUACAGCCAUCAACUUAAUCCAGAUGUUUGUAAUCCAGGGAAAGAACAACAAUUGAUGUCACUUAUGAAGAAGGAAAAUGAUCGUCAUAUACACCUUGGCAAAUUAAUACGACGAAUUAGAAAUGAGAAGAUUCAAGUCAUUCUGAAAGGAAGACAAGUGUUUAGUCAAAGACUGUCAAAACUAACAGACUAUUUAUUCAUCAGAUUUGAUAGUCUUAUAGGCUCUGAUCAAAUUGACCAUCCAACUAAAGGAUAUGAAACAGAAAAUUUGACCGAACAAUCACCUUUAAAAACAACAAAUAAAAUUAUGAUACAUGUGUAUGAUGAAGCGGUGAGUAAUUUGAAUGAAAAUAAAACUCUAAAUAGUAAAGAUAAUCUUGAUCGUGGAAAACGAACGUGGAAAGGUGUUAGAUUAUCAGAACUUCUGGAGAUAGACGGUGUGGAAUCAGAAAAAAGUGUAGUGACGUCGAAUGUAAACAAAAUGAAAACAUAUUCAAAUAAAUCGACAUUUGGCCUCAAAACUCGGCGAGGUAUUUCCAAUAACUCUGUUGAACAUGGACGAACAAAUCAAGAAGACUAUUGUUUAGUUAGUGCUAAGACAACAGAAGCACAUUUAUCAACUUUAAAGUGUCGAGAUAUUGCUGUUGAAGAAUUUCGUUCAUUUACUCAAUAUUUAAUGGAAUCAAUAGAACAUGAAUUUAUAAGUGCAAUGAAGGAUAGUGAAGAACGUAAGAUACAAUGGUCAGAUAGUGUUAAUUUAUUAUCAAAACUUCAUUGA